AGGGAGGGGGGGGGGGGGAAAGCAAAGCACUGGAUCCUUUGUAAAUGAGAAAUGGAAAGUUUGGGGUCAUUGGACAAGCAGUUGGAGAAGCAUGCCCGCCCGGUGGAUUAUUUGCACCAGAGGUACGCGAGUAGUUGCGAGAAUACUUUCAACUCGUGGAAUGAUUACUUGGGUCUGACCACAUUGGUGAGCAAAGCUGUCAACCAGGCGGGCCAGAGCGGGCUCCACCCGGGCAGCGAGCUGAGCCUUCAGUCCCGGGCACCCUACCUCGCCCGGUCCCUGGAACUGAGUCACCUGCCUCUGUGCUCCCACCACGGCGACCUGCUGGGCUCCGACCUGGAGGAGAGGUUCGCCGAGUUCAACCCUUUCUCUCCUGGAUCCAGCCCGCUCUUGGCUUACACGGGGGGAGGCGAGGAGGAGCAGCAGCAACUACUGCUACAACAACAACGGCACCAUCAGCCAAGGCACCAGCACCGCCUGGACCGGGAGCAGGUGGGCUGGAACCGAGUGGACGUGAUCAUGAUGGACGACAAAAGCCACCUACAGCUCCCUCACUCUCAUCACCACAACAACCAGCAUCACCACCACCACCACCACCAGGCAGCUGGUCACCACCAGCGAGGCGCCAGGGCCAAGCCGGAGCUGCAGAUAUGCGUGUUCUGCAGGAACAACAACGAGUCUGUCACCCUCUACACCACCCACAUCCUCAAAAGUCCCGAUGGGAGAGUACUGUGCCCCAUCCUGAGAAGGUACACAUGCCCCCUGUGCGGUGCCAACGGCGACAACGCGCACACCAUCAAGUAUUGCCCACUCUCCAAGCUCCAGCCCACCAUCCCCAAACUGAAGACCAGAAACUGCAUUGGCAAGAGGGUCCGUUAAUAAGGAGCCCACCAAGGCAGCGUGAGUCGAAUUAAGUUCGUGCCCUGAGCAAAGCUUCGUAGACUAAUAUGUGGACUUGUAUUAAGACUAUUUUGAGUACGGGAUAAACGUUUUAUAGUGACUGAAUGUAUACUCUUUUUGUCUAAAUUUGUUUACAAUCGAAUAUUUCUGGUGGAAAAUCCGAGACCAGAAAUCUACCUCAGUUAUAUAAAUAUAGAGUUUAUGGAAAUGAGAGAUCGCCAUAAUCAAUUUUUUUGUUUUUAAAUCCGCUAUGUGCAUUUCGUUUUCAGAAAAAAAAAUAAGGUAACUGGAACAGUGAUAUAUUGUAGAUGUAUUUUGAUUUAAUUAAAAAGUAGCAAAUGUUACAUUCGAAAGUGAAAUGUAAAACAGAUUUAAAGAUUACUAAUAAGUAACUGUGUUAACAGUACGGGAGCCAAUAAAUUUUCACGUUUUA